CGAGCUAUGGUUGUUGUUGUUUGUUGUUGUUGUUGUUGGUGGUGGUGUUUUUGUUUACUUGGUUUACUGCAGGAGACAUAUCGCUAUAUCUAAACGUUUUCGUCUCGACAUAUUUGUGCUCAAGUGGAAUUUUUCCUAAGUUAAAGCAUCCAUCAGAAGCCUGAAGUCACACAUAACCUUACAAUCAUGACAGACUUCAUGGAUCAUAGACGUGAAGAAAGAGAAAAAAUUGGUCUUGAGGGAUCAAAACAUGUUUGGGGAAGAUCACCAUCUCACUGUGAAGAUUCUGACACUACUGAGUAUCUCUUUGAAAUGGCAAAGAGGAAGAGAGAACAACCAGAUGAAGAACAACCAUCUCAGAAAAAGUCAAAGAAAGAUAAAAAGAAGAAAAAGAAACACCAUAAAGAACACAAAUCUAAGAAAUCUAGUAAAAAGAAGCGAAAGAAGGAGAAAAAGUCAAAAAAAUCAAAGAAAAAGAAGGAAUCAUCAUCAAGUGACUCAUCUGACAGCAGUGACUCUGAAGAACAGUGGGUCGAAAAAGAUGCUGCUCAAAGAAAAUCACAGAAAUCACAUGACUCCUCAUCUGAUGAGGAAGGGAUUGUUGGACCCAUGCAGAGCUCUCAUGGAGGCUUGUCUGCCAAAGAUUUUGGAAAGGCCCUGCUUCCUGGUGAAGGUGCUGCCAUGGCUGCAUAUGUAGCUGAGGGUAAAAGAAUUCCACGCAGAGGAGAAAUUGGUCUUACAUCAGAUGAAAUUGCUAAUUAUGAAUCUGUUGGUUAUGUCAUGAGCGGAAGCAGACACCGGAGAAUGGAAGCUGUUCGAAUUCGUAAGGAAAACCAGAUUUAUUCUGCUGAUGAGAAAAGGGCAUUGGCUAUGUUUAGUAAAGAGGAACGACAAAAGAGAGAAAAUCGAAUAUUAUCUCAAUUUAGAGAGAUGGUCUCCAGUAAGCUUGAUAAGAAAUCAUAAAUGAAUAAUGUAUUAUAUUUAAAUUAUGUGUACAUAAUUAUUUUUAAAAUGCUUCCUGCGAUAAGUAUCUGUAUACUAAAUCAACUGUAAUUUAAAUUCUUAAAAAAAGAUAAAUUAAAAAUACCUUUAGACAA